AUCUGCUGCCGUCCGAAAACCACCGAGGUCUCCUAUAAAUCUAUCUGCUGCCGUCCGAAAACCGUGUGUCCCUUUCACUCUCUCUCUCUCUCUCUCUCUAACCGAGUAAAUUGACUAAUUGGUAUCAGCAGAGAGAGGAAUCUUUGAGCACACAGAGAAAUCAAAGCGAGGGAAACCCUAAUUUCUCAGAUCGGCCAUGGCUUCCUCUAAGGAGCGCGAUAGCUAUGUUUACAUCGCCAAGCUCGCCGAGCAGGCCGAGCGAUAUGAUGAAAUGGUGGAUUCGAUGAAGAAAGUUGCGAAGCUCGACGUCGAAUUGACCGUGGAGGAGAGGAAUCUACUCUCCGUCGGCUACAAGAAUGUGAUUGGGGCUCGCAGGGCUUCGUGGAGGAUACUUUCGUCAAUUGAGCAGAAGGAAGAAGCCAAAGGGAACGAGCAGAACGCGAAGCGGAUCAAGGAGUACAGACAGAAGGUUGAGUCCGAGCUCACGAGCAUCUGCAACGAUAUCAUGACUGUGAUCGAUGAGCAUCUCAUUCCUUCCUCUUCUGCUGGGGAAUCUACCGUCUUUUACUAUAAGAUGAAAGGGGACUACUACCGUUAUCUCGCGGAGUUUAAGACCGGUAAUGAGAGGAAAGAGGCUUCCGAUCAGUCACUGAAAGCUUAUCAGACGGCCUCCAGUACAGCAGAAUCUGAUUUGUCUCCCACACAUCCUAUCCGAUUGGGUUUGGCAUUGAAUUUCUCAGUCUUUUACUAUGAGAUUAUGAACUCACCUGAAAGAGCCUGCCACCUUGCCAAGCAAGCUUUUGAUGAAGCUAUAUCUGAGCUGGACACCCUGAGUGAGGAAUCUUACAAGGACAGCACUUUGAUUAUGCAACUCCUGAGGGAUAACCUUACUUUGUGGACUUCUGAUAUCCCAGAGGAUGGAGCAGAUGAUGGCCAGAGGAUGGAGACUUCUGCCAAGGCCGGAGGUGAUGAUGCAGAGUGAAGGGGAAGACAGCCAUAAAGCCAGGAACCAGACAACCACUUGUAAAACGGGGAAGAGGAAAAGGGGUGUUCCCUACUUUCUUCUCAUCUCUGGAAUACUGUUUCCGUAAUUAAAAAGGAGAAUUUCAAAUAUCUAUGAUAUUCCUUUGGUUCAUUGUGUGGUUAUUAUUAUUGCUACCAUGAUAGGUUGAUGUUCGUCGAACUUGGUCAGUCCUGUUUGCACCCCCCCCCCCCCAAGGCUUUCUAUCCUCCGCCAUUUGGACGGAAUUUAAUAGGGUUGGUGUGGUUACUUUAGGAAGAAGAUUUUUCUUUUUAUAUGAAAAAUUGAGACGAGUUCAGGCUUCUCAGAGGGAGGACAACAACCACUCCUACCAAUUUUAAUUUUCUCCUUUCUCUUCUCUUUGCCUUCAUUUUGUUUUUCUUUCCUAAGUAAUUGUUAUUUUCUUGUUUAUUCAAACUUUGAUGUUAAACCCGUAAUUGCCACAUCUAAUCGAGUUUCAUCCCGGUGUCUUUCGUA